UGAAGAUCUCAACACCACCGCAUGUCUCUGCAACAACUGCCGAGUGAAGCCAAACCGCUUUGAGCCCCAAACUUUUACGAGUUCUCGAAGAGAAAGAAAAAAGAAGCAGAUCUUUUACGCAUCAUGUUAGUUUGCUGAAGACGCGCGCAAAGCACGCACGCGAGAGCGCACCUCUUCGGAGAAGAUGGAUUGUAAGAAAAAGUUCGAGGCGACUCCUGCUCCGUUCUGCUGAGUCUCUCUCCGGGGUAGGACGGGGUGGUAAUGCCGUGCAAACUCUGCGUCUUUCCAAACUUUUCUUAACUCGGUUCAUGGAGUUUCGCGUCAAGUCCGGAGAGGCUCGUUUGCGCGUUGUGCCCUCAAUGGUGGUGCCAGCUUAGUCCUAGUUUACGGGAAUCCGACUCCAGGCAAAGUUUUCCUCGGACAAAAAAAGAACUUCGGUUUCGACGUGAGAAGAGACGGCGGUGGAGGUUGAGACAAAAAUUGAAGAGCAGCAUGGAGACUUCAGCUCCAACAGCCACUGAGAAGAAGGAGUGUAAGGGCUCGGGUCUGGAUGGAAGCAGCUUCUCAGAACUCCCAAAAAAGCCCUCCCCCACCACACUGAGCAGAGGUUCCCACCACCUCUUCCCCACGUUUCACGCACCCAUCCCCAUCGACAUGAGACACCACGAGGGGCGGUACCAUUAUGAGCCACACCCACUCCAUGCUAUGCAUGGACCUCCAGGACUGACCGGCAGUCCAGUCAUCUCAGACAUUUCCCUGAUCCGUCUAUCACCCCACGCUGCAGCCGGGACGGGCGAGUCACCUUUCAGCCCACCACAUCCUUACGUCAGCCCCCACAUGGAGCACUACCUACGCUCGGUACAUGGUAGCCCCACCCUCUCCAUGAUCUCAGCUGCCCGAGGACUGAGCCCUGCUGAAGUGACCCAUGAACAUUUGAAGGACCGUGCCCUGUUUAGUCUCCCCCCUCCUCCACCGGGGGCCAACCCCACAGAGUACUACCACCUGAUGGCCAGUGCCAGUCAGCGAAGUCCCUACGGUGACCUGCUGAUGCAGAGCAGUGCUGCAGCAGCGGCGGCAGCAGCAGCAGCAGCAGCUGCAGCUCAUCUACCGGACUACAUCAGCCCCAUGGAUGUGUCACGUUUUUCCAGCCCACGGUUGACGCCCCGGGUGAGCAGGAAGAGGGCACUGUCUAUCUCUCCGUUGUCAGAUGCCAGCAUUGACCUACAGACCAUGAUCCGCACCUCGCCCAACUCCCUAGUGGCCUACAUCAACAACUCCCGCUCCAGCUCAGCUGCUAGCAGCUCCUAUGGGCACCUGUCAGUCGGAGGGAUCAGCCCCUCGUUCAGCUUCCCUCAUCCCAUCAACCCAGUGGCGUACCAGCAGCUGUUGUCCCAGCAGAGGGGUCUCAACGCCUUCGGCCACACGCCUCCUCUCAUUCAGCCGUCACCAUCCUCUUUCUCUGCUCGCCAGCACCCCCUCACUGCUUCGCCUUUGUCCACCUCCCACAACAGCUCCAACUCUGAGGCAAACCAGAAUGCCAGUGGAGACCCAGCAGUGAGCAGCACAGUCAACCCACUUACUACAAAGAGAUCAAAGGUUAAGACCGAAGCAGAAGGUCCUCUACCCAUCUCACCGACCUCUCAGGACCAUGGUGGAGGGAUCUUGGACUUGAGCGAGGAUCUGGAUAAAGAUGAAUGCAAGCAGGAGCCUGAGGCCAUCUAUGAGACCAACUGCCACUGGGAGGGCUGUACCAAGGAGUAUGACACCCAGGACCAACUUGUCCAUCACAUCAACAACGACCACAUCCACGGUGAGAAGAAGGAGUUUGUAUGUCGCUGGGAAGAGUGUUCGCGCGAGCAGAAACCCUUCAAGGCUCAGUAUAUGCUGGUGGUCCACAUGAGGCGACACACAGGGGAGAAGCCGCAUAAAUGCACAUUUGAGGGAUGCUCCAAAGCUUACUCUCGCCUGGAAAACCUCAAGACCCACCUGAGGUCCCACACCGGAGAGAAGCCGUAUGUGUGUGAACAUGAAGGCUGCAACAAGGCCUUCUCCAACGCCUCAGACCGGGCCAAGCACCAGAACCGCACGCACUCCAACGAGAAACCAUAUGUGUGUAAGAUCCCGGGGUGUACCAAGCGCUACACAGACCCUAGCUCUCUCAGGAAGCAUGUAAAGACAGUCCAUGGACCAGAAGCCCAUGUCACCAAGAAACAACGGAGCGAUGCUCCUCCAAGACAGCAGCCACCCAAAGGCAACGGGGAGAAUGAGGCCAAUUCCAAGCAUGGUGCACGAGGCGUGGACGGCAAGAUUGAGGCCAACAGCACCUCUAGAGGAGUGGAAGACUGUCUACAAAUCAAAUCUAUCAAGACAGAGACCUCUAUGACAUAUCAGUCCAGCCCUGGCGGCCACUCGUCAUGUAGCAGUGAGCCAUCACCUCUCAGCAGCGCCAACAACAACGACAGUGGGGUAGAGAUGGCCAUGUACAGCGGGGGCAGCUUCGGGGACCUCAGUGCUCAGGAUGAGUGCCCCAUGGUUGACUCCACUGUUCCCGCUGGGGGACAGCAGGGUGGGGUGGGGCUUCAGUUAAGGAAAGCCAUGAGUCACAGUGGUGGGGUCACCAUCAAGCUGGAGAACAUCAAGAAAGAAAGGCUGAAGACAGUGAGGGACUCCUGCCCCUGGGUCAACUCUGCACCACAGCCACCGCAGGGCCAACGCAACAGCAUGAAGCUCCCUCCCAUACCUGCAGUCGGUUCCCUGCUGGAGAGCUCCAACAUGAUGAGUAACUUAAGUGGUCUGCACCCCAGCCAACGCAUGAGUGACCUGUCUUCAUGUGAAGUAACGUUGCUGAACCAGCUGAAUGAACGGCGUGACAGCACCACGAGCACCAUCAGCUCAGCUUACACCUUAAGUCGGCGCUCUUCGGGUAUUUCACCCUGCUAUUCCAGUCGUCGCUCCAGUGAGGCAUCCCAGUUUGGUGCUAACCGCCAUAACAAUAUCAGUUCGGCUGACUCCUAUGACCCAAUCUCCACUGAUCUGUCUCGUCGCUCCAGUGAGGCCAGCCAGUGCGGAGUUGGCGGUGUCAGUGGAGGAGGUGGAGGAGGAGGUCUCCCAAGCCUCCUUAGUCUGACACCUGCUCAGCAUUAUCGGCUCAAGGCAAAGUAUGCUGCUGCCAUUGGUGGAGCUCCACCUACUCCUCUCCCCAAUAUGGAUCGAAUGAGCCUGAGGACCCGCAUGGCAUUAUACAGUGAUUCCCAGGAAGGCUCAUCUCAUCCAUUCCAUCAGCCACCCUCUGGAACAGCACCUCGGCGCUGCAGUGACAUUGGAUAUGGCACUCAAAGCAUGAUGCCCCAUGAGGUACCCUCAAACCUUCCACGCCGUGCCAGUGACCCAGUGCGUCGUCCCACACUUGACCACCUUCCCUUUCCAAGGGUCCAGCGCUAUAACAGCAUGAAUAGCAUGAAUCCCCUGAAUGGUACAUCAGCUGCAGAACGCCACCACGCACUAGCUAUGCAGGGCUACACUCGCUCUGAUGGUAGCCUACAACGCUACCCAUUUGCCCCCAGACCACCUAGCAUUUCUGAGAACGUAGCCAUGGAGAACAUGGCAGUGGAUGGGAUGAUUGGGGGAGAGCAGAGUGGGGAGGAUGAUAUGGUCCUUCCUGAUGAUGUGGUGCAGUACCUCAGGUCCCAGAAUUCUGGCCCCUCAGGUCACAACUCGGGGCAAGUGGACUAUCAUUCCAACAGUCAGACUCAGGGUUAUCAGACAGGCAUGGCCCCACCAGCAUCAUUUUAUGCACAGAGGAGGAUGGCCAUGGUGGAUGCCACCAUGACUCAGUCUGGUCAGGAUCUGCCCUUCUCAGCACCAUCAGACAACAUGAACAAGAAUAACAUGCCGGUGCAGUGGAAUGAGGUGAGCUCGGGAACUGUGGACACCACAACCAAGCUCUCCAGGCAACAGCAUCCUUUCAGGGGGAACUUAGCUGUUGUUCAGCAGAGGCACAAUUUUGGAUCCUUCCAGGCACAAGGUCAGGGCCUGGGCAGCAACCAGCAGGUAGCGCCUAUGAGUCAGAAUAUGUCUAUGCAGGGAUAUGCAAACCACAACAGCCAGAGGCUGAUAAACAUUAUCCACCAGCAGAAUCAGCAACAGAGGCAAUGCAGCAAUGUAAACUUUAGUGAGCAAAUGAGUCCUCAGCAGGGUUAUGGCCAAGAGGCAAUCCCAAAUUCUAUAGCUGGGAGCACUAGCGUGAGACCUACCCGCAACAGUAUGGCAGAUCCAGAACUGCAAAGUUACAGAGCAAGGACACAGACUGAUGGGUAUUCUCAUGUGAACCAAGAGGACCAGCAGCAAAAUUACAGUGUUCUCUCCCAACAGCAGCAGCAUAACAUCCAUAAUGGAAGCAGAGGAAUGUUACAACCCCGGCCUCCCACAGAGCCCAAGUCUAUUGCCAGACAACAUACAGGUUCUAGCAUGAUGCAGCCAAGCCGAAUACCUAAGUCAACUGAUUUGAACCACAGUCACGGUAAUGACACAUCAGAGGCAAGCCCAAAGAGGCCCAGUGGGUCAGCAGCCCACAACAGCAACUCUGAAAACCUGAAUUCUGCUGUGUUCUACACAGGUCAGAUUCGUAUGUUUGAGCCAACUUCUGUGAGCUUUGAUACCCCCAUGUCACCCCGUGCCAGCCAAGCUCCCAUCAACAGCAACACUGCAGCAGCCAACAUGGCCUCACCAGGAGUCAACCAAGUCUCCAGCAGUACAGUGGAUUCUUCCACUGGUGGAUCUGGUGGCACAGAGCAUGCCCAGAUUGACUUUGAUACCAUGCUAGAUGAUGGAGACCACUCCAGCUUGAUGUCAGGUACCCUGAGUCCUGGCCUUCUGCAGAGCCUCUCCCAGAGUUCCUCACGUCUGACCACCCCUCGUAAUUCUGUCACCCUCGCAUCUGUGCCAGCGGGGAUUGGCAACAUGGCCAUCGGUGACAUGAACUCCAUGCUCACAGCUUUAGCUGAAGAAAGCAAGUUCCUCAACAUGAUGAGCUGAGAGAAAUCAAACACCUCAUCCACCCAUUCUUACCAUUUCUACAUCAGGAAUAUAUGGACUAAUAUAUGGACUACGCAAGAAAGCACUGAUUGAACAAUGCAAAACUGGUUAUUUUACACAUUUUUCUUCAUUGUCCAUAGUGAUAUGCUUUUCUUGUAAUAUUUGCUUCAGAUUAUGUUACAUUAAAACUGAAUAGUAAGUAUAGCUAGGGUUAAGGACCAUUUUCUAUCAUCAUUUGUUAAAAAGCCAUACUUUUUAGCUACGAAUAUAUGAUAGCCCAGGGUAUAUAAAUGCAUCUACAGACAACUGCCAUUAAGUAUUUGCUGGUGUAAAAGCCCUUUAGAAAGUGGUGCACUGAGAGCAGUUCACAUAGUGCCUUGCUGAGGACAUCAAGGUUGAACGUCUGAGUAUGACAUGAGAACAGAGUUACCAAGAAAUGGACAUGAUGUGUAGAUAUCAGAUAAUAUUUUCUCAUGAAGACCUUUAUGUGUAUAGAUUAUACUGUAUGGUACUUGCUUUAAGUUAUGCUAUAGACUAUUGGCGUUUGGACUAGGGCUGUCAAAAGUACAGUAACAUAAAUACUACCAUAAUUCAAAAGGAGUAAUAAACAAAUUUUAAAUAUAUAUAUUUUUUAAAUGACAAUUUUUUUUAUUUCCACAAAACAUAUUCUCACAAGGUUAAGCUAUGGUUUGCUGUACCUUCUAUGUGCACAGCUCAGAAUGUGAGACAGAUGAAGCCAAUUAUAGUGCUAACCUGGAACAGACACUAUAAAAAAAAAAGUAUAUAAUAAUUGUGUAAAACUAAUGUAUGUAUGUAAAUGUAUGUUUCUACACAAAUUAUUUCAGAUCUACAGUGUCUUAAGCUUUUCAUUUCACUGCCAAACGUGAUGGUGCUUAAAGCAUCAGUGCUGUUUAGGCUGAUGAACGUGGUCUGAGCCCAACAACAAACCACACAUGUAGAAAUUGAUACAUGCCUAUUAUGAAAGCAACAGUAAACAUUAACUGAUAUUUCAGUUUAAAGGUGAAUGGUGGUUAAUUCAACUAUCUUGCAGCAUAAGAACUAAGCAAAGAAGUGUUAUUGUAGCAGCCUGUCUCGUGCACAACUUGUGUAUUGCUGAGUUUCAGUUAAUUCAAUUCAAUUCAGUUUUAUUUAUAUAGCGCCUUCCACAAUCAAAAUUGUCUCAAAGCGCUUUAAUUACGCCUUGAUUUUGGCGUAAAGGUUUAUUUGUGAGCAAAAUUCUGAGUAAAUUUUCCAGCAAAAUGUGAGCUAAAUUCUGAACAAAUUUUACUCACAUUAAACAUAGUGGUGGUAUAUAUAUUUUUUGUUUUGUUUGUUUUGUUUUUAUUUUAUGAAAGUAAAUAUACAGUAAUACCAUUCAAUCAGAAAUUUGUCACUAAUUGCUUUUUACAAAAUGAAGCCUUUGACAGCUCUAGUUUAAACACGUGGUUGUACAAAAUUAUAGUCCACAGUUAUUAAGUGCUUUUUGAUCAUGGUCUGAGCUCCUGGGGAUGGCACUGAUGAACACUGAACAGAUUUCCUUCUUUGCCCUCUGGAUCAGAGGCAUUAACUCUCCAUGGUCCCAUCUCACAAGGGUAAAUAAUUGGAAAGGACAAGGAUAUGUCUAUCAGGGCACAUGAACCCCUGUGUCUGAUGAAGAGCAUUCUCUAAAAGAAUAUACAAGUACCUCUGUGCGUUCUCAGUAGAGAGCCAACCCUAAUUAACACAUUCAUACCGCCUCCCUUCACUGCACCCCAUACCUCCCCUGGGUUCUGGAUGAACUGCAGAGAGUCCAGGAAGGGACUCUGACUUUGAUAAUGAAAUCCUGCUUCUGACAGGAUUGGUGAACUAGCCCUCCAAAUUCCUCAGUUUUAUUAUGUUUGCUGAAUUUCUAAGUACCCUUUCAAAUGUUUGUGUGUAUGCUACCAUUCACUUUUACUAUGCUCAGUGUGUAUGAGUUUGUAUGAGUGUGUAUAUAGCUUUUGUACAUUUAAAAUAAAGUAUCUCUU